AUGAGCUUUUUUAAUAGAUUAAAUAAGAGUGAUGUAAAUGAAGAAGAUUCAAAUAAUAGUUUUUGGAAUAAAAAAAAGACAUUAGGUAAAUCACCUACAAAAACAAAUCAACAGCCAUGGAUUUUAGCAACAGCAAGAUCUUCAGCAUUAAAAACAUCAGAUCCCACCUCUGUUGAUAAUACUGAAAAAGAUGAUACAAUAAAGAAACUAUCUUUCACAUUGGAUGAAAAAGAAGAUCUACUAUUACCAAAUAGUAAUAAUGAUAAUAACAAUAAUAAUAAUAAUAAUACAUCCACAGGUCGUAAUAAAAGUAAUGAUGAUAUCCCAAAGGUUCAAUCAACUCCUUUGGAACAAACACAACUACUAGAAAAAGUAUCCACACAAACAACAGAACAAACUAUAUCAACUGACUCCAAUCCCAAUGAAUUGGCAGCAGUAAAAAUACCAACUGUUGCAACUACACCAAUAAUAACGACACCAACAAAAACCACAAUAACUACACCAACUUCAAAUGCAACAACUACAACAACCAAUACUACACAAACCUCAACUUCAACAACAACAACAACAUCAUGGUUAUCAUCAUCAUCAUCAUCAUCAUCAUCAUCAUCAUCAUCAUCAUCAUCAUCAUCAUCAUCAUCAUCAUCAUCAUCAUCAUCAUCAUCAUCAUCAUCAUCAUCAUCAUCAUCAUCAUCAUCAUCAUCAUCAUCAUCAUCAUCAUCAUCAUUAGGAAAAAUAAAUACAGUAACCACUAUUGAAAAUAUUGAGUCAUCAACAAAACCAACUCCAUCUAAACCAAUACCACCACAUAAAUCAACCCAAUCAACACCACAAAAGCCACAACCACCUUUAGCAAAAACAACAACAACAUCAACAACAACAGCUACUACUAAUACUACAACAAUAGUGUCACCAAUUAAGCCAAAACCACCACAAAAACCAACAACAACAACAACAACAGCACCAACACCACAACAACAACAACAACAACAACAACAACAACAACAACAACAACAACAACAACAACAACAACAACAACAACAACAACAACUAAAAUCUUGUCAUUUUAUAGAGAUAAAAGAUGAAGAGGAUGAAAAGAAAGAGAAUCACACACAAAUUGUUGAAGAAGAAUAUAAAAUUAUUAAACCAAUGUCAAUUGAUGAUAUUGAUUUUAGUACAAAACCAAAACCGCCACCAAGGAAAUCAAAAAGUGAAAUUAUAAAAAUUAAAAAAGAGAUUGAAGAAGAAAGAGAAAAGGAGAAAUCAAAAAAAGUAUCAAAAACACCUUCCAAAAAGAACCGGAAUAAAUUAACCUCAUCCUCUGAACCAGAUCAAUCUCCUUCAUCUUCACAACAAUCAUUAUCAUCAUCAUCAUCUUCUUCACAACAACAACAACAACAACAACAAUUACAAUCAUCACAAGAAAAAAUAAAAACAACAACAACAAAAUCAAAUAAAUCAAAUAAAGAAUCAAAAGAAAUUAUAUCAACAGAUCCAAGUAUUACAAGAAUACUAUCACAAUCAUUUGAGUCGAAUGAAUCACAUUAUGAAGUUGCAAAAAAUAUAAUUAAGCAAUUAGAAACAUCAAAUGAUCCAAAAGUUAUAAUGACAACAAUGAGUCAGUUAGCACAGAUUGUAACAGAUCAGUGUGACGACUUUACCUUGAUUUUAAGAUCACAUAGUUUAUUCUUACCCCUAUGUGAUUGUUUAAUGAAUUUAUGUUUAAAUAAAAUUAAAUUAAAUAAUAAUAAUAAUGAUAGUAAUAUUAAUAAUGAUGGUGAAGAUAAAGUUAAAAAAACUAUAACACCACCAUCACAAAAAAAGAGUAAACAAAAAUCACCAUCAACUACAUCACCAAUUAAAAGGUCAAAUACAUUUGAUUCAGUUGAAUCAAUUAAAAAGAAUAGUAGUAAAGAAAAUAAAGGUAUUAAUCAAAAUGUUGAUUUAUUAUCAUUAUUUUUGUCAACAAAUUCUUCAUCAACAUCAUCAUCUUUAUCCAUUACUACAUCAUCAUCGUCAUCAUUAAGUACUGAAUUUAAUGAAAUUAAUAAUUGUAGUGAUGAAGAUAAUAAAAAUGAAUGGAAACCAUUAUUUUUAAAAAAAAAACAUAAAUCAAAUAGCAAUAGUAGUAAAAUUACAUCACCAAAUUCUUCAAUCAAUAAUAGUAAUAAUAAUAAUAAUAAUAAUAAUAAUAAUAAUAAUAAUAAUAAUAAUAAUAAUAAUAAUAAUAAUAAUAAUAUUAAUAAUAAUAUUAUUUUAAAUCAAAGAGAAAUAAAAGCAAUUAAUUUAGCAAGUUGUUUUAUUUUAUAUGUAUUUUCAGGACAGCAAAAUAAUAUUGAACAUUUUUCAAGGGAUACAAUUGAAUUUCUAUAUCAACAAUCAAUUAAAAUCCCAGAGAAUUAUUUAUUAGAAUUUUAUACAACACCAUCUAAACUACCAAAAUCACCAAAAUCUCCAAAAUCUCCAACUAAUCCAAACAAUGGUAAUAGUAAUAAUUCAACAUUUCGUAAAGUGCUUGAAUUAGAGAGUAAUAUUAUAUCAAAUUUUCAAGUACUAGUAUCUGAUAGAGUAAGAUUCUCAGUAUCAACACCAUCAUUAUCAUUGGCAACUUUAUCGAAUUUAGCAUCUAAUCAUAUUAAUCACUCAAUGAAAUUAAAGUUAAAAGAGUUUGGAUUAUUAGAUGGUAUGGUAAUUCUGUUAUCAAAAUAUAUCGAUUACUUGAAUCCAAUAUUAGAUUUAACUUUAAUAUCACCCAAAUUAAUUGGAAAUAUUGAAUAUAUUUUAAAAAUUAUUGAUCAAUGUUUAAUUGGUGAUAUAAAAUCAAAUAGAAUAAAAUUACUCUCAAAAGAUACAUUGGCAAUGUUUAUAACUUAUCUACGUUAUCUUUACAUUGCAAUCAUUUCAAAUCUUGAUCGUUUAGCUGGUUUAGAUAUAAAAAUAAUUGGUAGUGAAGCAAUAAUAUCAAUUCUAAAUAUUUUAUUAAAUAUUACUCAUGAAAAUUUUGAAGCUUCAAAAAUUAUUGGUAAAUUAUCACACCCAUUUACAAUUAACAAUCAUAAUAAUAAUAAUAAUAAUAAUAAUGAAGAAGAAAAAAAGAAAAAAAAAAUAUUUAAUGUUGGUGAAAGUGGUGGUCACGGUAUUAAUUUAGAAUUUUCAGAAUAUUUACAAUCAUUAUUAAAUAAUGGUAAUGGUGGUGGUGGUGGAGGUGGUGAGAGUAAUUUUAGUUUAAAGAAAAUUAAAUUUUUAGAAUCAAUAGAGAUUAAAGAAAACUUUUCAUUUAGAGUGAUUAUUCAUUUAUUGAAAUUAGAAGUACCAGAGAAAUAUGAUAUUGGUCAAUUGUGUGUUUCAUUGUUAGUGAAUUUAGUUGAAGUGAAUCCAGAGAAUAGAGAAAUCUUUCAUUCAAUGGAUGGUGCAAUAGAUUCAAUACUUCAAUUAUAUCUAUGGAGAACGAGUGAUAAUAGAAUUUUAACACGUGUUACUACUAAAACUCAAGAAAAGAUAGCAUCCUCUUAUUUAAUCAUAUUGAUUGGUUUCUUAAUUAAGGAUCAUGAUGAUAAUAGGAAAUUGGUGUUAUCAAAAUUACCAAAUACUCUAUUUGAUGAUCCAAUUCAAUUGUUAUUAGAUUUCAUUGAAUUUCAAUUCAACAAUUCAAUACUUUCAAUUGAUAUCUAUAAUUUGGUUUCAAAUUUAAUUAAUGAUGUAUUCCUAACAAAUCAAAAUGAAUAUUCAAAUGAAAUUAAAUUAAAAUUUAUUUCAUUUAAAGAAAAUUUUAAUAAGAAAUUUAAUUUAGAUAUAAAUUCUUAA